AUGAACAAGUGGCGCUAUUUAAUCCGGUUAGAAAACCUCACGAUGGACCGCGUUCAACUACGUGAACGCUUUUUGAAAAUUUUCUCAGUGUCCGGAAACCUUGAAUCAAUCGGUGGAAAAGGAGUUGUAGGGAUGCAACCUGUCCUUUCUCCAGAAUGUCCUGUUUUUCAGUAUCACAGUCAUAUCCACUUCUCUAUGGAAUGGGCACACAUGUGGGGAACGUUUCGGUUUGAAAGACACAAUGGUACUAGUUUAGAUGUUAAAAUACCAUCUUUCCCGCUGUAUGAUCCCACGUGUUCUUCAAACUCGAGUAAUGAAAACCUUGGUUAA